UCUCUCUGUGUCACUGGCCCACCCUUGGCUCUCACAGCCUGGCCCCUUCAAGUUGAAAGCCUCAGGUCUAAGAUAAGCCUCUUCAGUCUCUUGCUCUCAGAAAGGUCUGGUGGCCUUCCCCUGGUCACAGGAUCUUACCUCUGGGAGGCCAGUCCACUGCCAUGACAAGCUCUAUGAGACUUUAGGCUGGAAUUCCAGCCUCACCCCCAGAUGCACCCUAGGGCUGGACCCAAGGAUCCACCCAUAGUGGUUGACACCUCCGUGAGCCAGGUGGCUGGAGAUCAAGCGAGCACAUUAGCGGAUCUGGACAGUGGGAAUAUGGAAAAGAUCAUUCAAGAUGAAAAUGUUACCCUCUAUGUGUGGGCAAACCUGAAGAAGAAUCCGAGGUACCGGACCAUCCGAUUCUCCGAGACGCAAACUGGGUUUGAAAUCCCAAGGACAUUAGCCAUGAGUAACAUUGCUCUACGACUCCUGCACACGCGCUAUGACCACGUCACUCCUCUGCAGCUCGCUGUAGCCUCCCCAAGACCUGUCUGCACGGUCGAGGAGACUGUCCCAGACAAGGUGGACGCAGAAGUGGCCCAUCCCGAGGAGCAGCAGGAGGUGAAGGCGGAGGAGGAGCACACGGGCGGCGGCGGCGGCGGCGGCGAGGAGGAGGAGGUGGUGGAGGUCCAGGAGGAGGCUCACGCCGCCGUCCCCGAAGAGCAGCCACAGGUAGUUCCCAGGGGAUGUCGCCCUCAGAAUCUCGCACCUGAUGUGGGCACAGGAAUGGAACCCGGAGGAGGAUUCUGGGCCAAGGUGAUUUCUACUGAUGAAGAGCCUGAAGCAAUACAAGGUGAACUGGAGAUAAAAUUAUUAAGUGAAGCAGUUUCAACAGCACAUCUAUUCCACUUAAAGAACGCCGUGGAGAAGCCGGACGUCACCGAGGAGAGCGAGGUGGACUUGUGCCAAUACGCGAUGCUGGGCGGGGUGUACCACCUGGACAUCUUGGAGCUCCCCCCGCAGUGUAAAGCUGUGAAGGGCUGGAUCAUUGUGGAAAUACGCAAAGAAGGAUUGCAGAAAUUUAAAUAUCCUCCAGAUGCCACUGAAGAACCAGACUCUGAAAAUACUUUCCCACCCAUAGAGGUCACGCUGGAGGUCCGUGAGAAUGUACUGUUUUUUGAGGACCCUAUGAUCAUAAGGUGGGAUGAUAAAGGUAAACACUGGAAAAAAGAUGGCAUCAGCGAUGUCCUUUACAAUCGAGAAAAAAGACUCAUAACAUUCAGCCUGGAGACACUUGGCCCCGUGACCUUGAUUCAAGAUGCUCAUAUUAACAUGCCGUACCAGUCAUGGGAACUAAGACCCCUUGACAUGAAUAAAGUGCUUUUGACUGUGACCACAGUAUUUACGGAUAUUCAAAUACAUAUUAAGGAAAAUGUCUGCAUGUUGGCUUCCAUCAAGCUGAAAAAACGAGAGCGUCUGUCUAAUUUGGAGGGAAAAUGGAUGGCUCCUGUUCCUUUCAUCAUGGCUUUGAAAAACGCUGGGCUGAACAUCUUCCCUACUGAAUACUCUCAUUUUUAUGCCAUUGCAAACAACAAGGUUCCCGUGGUAGAGAUGAGGGCGUAUCGCCAGAUGGCCCUGCUCAGUUCCGCCUUUGCGUUUGGCUGGAGCAAGUGGAAUUUGAUGUGCAACUCUACAAAGGUUAUUUUCAAGGUAAAAGAACACCCCACUGCAGAGAGCACCCCGGCUCCCUGGGCCCUCCUCAUGUUCAGCGGGGACAGAGCUCAAGCCCUCAAGAUGAGCGAGGACAGCGAGGUGUAUUCGGAGGCCCUCAAGGAGGGGACCGAGUUCCACUCCACGCUCUUCCACAUGGCGCAGGACUUUGCCUCCGGGGAAGCCAUGCAGCGAGUCAGGGACUCCAGCUGCCUGUUCAUUGACUCCGUGUGUCACAUGCUGCUGUCCAUCCGCGUCCUCAGCUACUCGUGAGUGGGGAGGAUGCUGCCGGUCCCUGCAGCUGGGGUUCAACCUGGAAGCAAAGCUGGUUCUCUGGUUUGGAUAUUUGGCUGCUUGAGAAUUUGAAACUUCCCUGCAUGAUUUGAAAGUUUCUUUAUUUAGAUAAAUUUUAGGACAGCUUAGGGAAAACAAUCAGAGGCGGGCCAGGGGUGGGGGUUCUCUGAAAAGCCUGGCUCCACUUGCCACUCCAGAAAGGUUUAAAAACUCACGAGCCGUAAGUGUGUUGGUGCAGCCACACGCAGUCACACCGGCGGGGGCCCAUUGUGCUGGAGCCCGGCAACAGGCCACAGGAUGUGC